AACUGGCAAGUAUGUUUGGCAGAGGUUGAUCUCUUUAAGACAGAGGUGUCCACAUACGGAUUCACCUCAGACGAAAUACAGAAUAUUGUUAACGUGGAGAUACUACCUCUCAUUGGCCAGCGCCAAUCACAAACUGAGGUCUAUUUAGAAAAACUUGAUAAAGCUUUUGAGUGUUUAGCCAAAACUGCGGCUUAUGACAGUAAGUGCCUGUUCAAGUUUAUGUGUGGGGCAGCUCAGCUGUGGGAAAACCACUGUGCAGGCAUGUUGAACAGAGAACAGCAGCUACAACGUUCACUGGAGUCCCUCAGUCAAGUCCACGAACUAGAGAACCAGAGGAAAGAGGCCCAGCUGGAUAUGAUGUUGGAUAAACUCAGGCAGGAAAGCUCAGAAGAAGCUCUGAAAGCCUCUUUGAAGAAGACACUAAACUAUUUGGAAGAGGUUAAGAAUGGGUACAUGAACAUUUAUAAAGAGGAAGUUGGAACUGUGGAGUCCUACCCGUCGUUAGUCUUGCAGGAAUUACAAGCAUACAGUCAUUCUGUCAGCCAAUUGUUUAAUGUCAAAGAGAUUUAUGGUCAGGACUCAAAGGAUUUUUGCCAACUUUAUCCCUCUCUUAAACUUGGUCAGAGCAUGACAAAUAUUAAAAACGAAAGAUUAGAAGCAGAAUUUGAGGUGAAACACAGAGGCUCACAAAAGCCACAUUUCAACAAUCAAGGAAGCUCAACAUUCAGCUCGUCCAGUGCAAUGGAUGACCAAGAUUGUAAGGCUUUAGAAUUUUCAGUCUCUCAAACCAAAGAGACUCUCACUACUGCAAAAGGAAAUGUGUACAACUGCCAUGGGUUUCACACUACCCACGAUGAGGAACAGGAGACAGACCUUAAGGAAACCGAGCUGGUUUUCUACCCAAAGGCUCUCAUUGUUGAAUUGCUAAAAGAUGUAAGACAAACAUUUUUCAGCCAUCUGGAAGAGAGGUUUCAUAUUACUCUAACCAACACUAUCACUGUUGUGGAAGCCAAUAAAGAGAAACUGAAAGCUGAGCUGGAUCUUCGCCUACAGCUCCACCAACCUCGUGCUGCAAGAAUAGAGAUGGACAUUCACUAUGUCAGAGCAGCUGAACUAGUGCUACAUCGAGGACGCAUGGAUCGACACUGCAAGGGUAUACUGAACGUCCUUGAAGACUGCCGGACAGAAGUACAGGAGUUACAGAUCCAUCAAAAUAAACUGACGAAAGACUUUCUAAUGCAAAUCUACAAUAGAGAGAAAGAUUUUACCUUUGCCACCAGUUCCGAAAAGAUAAAUAAACUUCGUACCUCGCUUCAAACCAACCUGAACAAGCACAUCAGUAUCAUCCAGACUUUACAAAGAGACAUAAGACAGAAGACAGAGUUCAGAUUGGAGGCCCUUAGGGACUCAAACGUUCAGAUAAUGAGAUCUUUCAAGUAUGUCAUUGACAUUCUCU